AUGGGGCUCAGGGAGUUGUAUGACUGUGGCGAGGGCCUCAAGGGCCUCAACUGUGACCCAGGGCAGCUCAGCCACAGGGAUGGAAGCGGAGCUCUGCUGUUUUCUGAACCAAGCAUCGCGGCCUACUGUGCCCCGUUACUGGAGACCAGGACCCACAUUGCUCCCAUGGCUUCCCCAACCCAUUUCCUGGUCCGGCCCUGUCCAUUCUGCCAAACUCUCUUCCAGUCUUCCCUGCCUUUGCCCCUGAGGCCNGUUACUGGAGACCAGGACCCGCAUUGCUCCCAUGGCUUCCCCAACCCAUUUCCUGGUCCGGCCCUGUCCAUUCUGCCAAACUCUCUUCCAGUCUUCCCUGCCUUUGCCCCUGAGGCCCCUCAGGGCAGCUCACGUUCCUUCCUCAUCCCCCAUGGAGGCCGCUGGACCUCGCUGCCUUUGAGAAUUCUUCUGGGGCAGCCCCUCACCCCACCCUACACUCUGUGCUUCUGCAACAGCCUUAGCAGGAAGCCCCAGUGGGAAGUUCCCCUCCAUCCACACAAUUUUGACUUCUAUAGUCAGGCUCCGUGCUUCUUUGCCCUUGAUGGAAAAUAUCACUUCCUCCACAUCACUGUUUCCUACCAGGAGGGCUUGUACUCACAGAGACUGCGUUUGUGGAGAGUGACUCCAGGCUCUGGGGUAAGGCUGUGGGGAAAGGAGUCAAAGAGAAGUCAAGAUGGUCACUGCCGCGACCUGUUCUUCUUGGGAAGCCUGGACCUGGGAGUGACAAGACCACGGUUCCUGUCCCAAAGCUACAGCCAACUGACCCUGUUUCUAUUCCUCAGUGUCCUCAUCUGUAAAAUGGGCCAAUGUCAAAGUCCUCAGGUCCCACGUGUGUGUUCUACUUCUGAGAAACGUCUCCCACCUUUCCUGUAUCCCGCCCCCGCUCCCCGACGGCUGCUGCUCGGUUGCCUGGGUCCUAUCAGCCCUGCACCUCUCGCCCUGCUGCCCAAGACUUUCCAGAAACACAGCUGUUGCCAGGUGCGGCGGGCAGGGGUUAGCAGGCUGCUGCCUGCUCCCCAGAAGAACCCCCGUUGGACUGAAGUGGGCAAACGUGACGCAGGCUGUUCAGGUAAUAGCGACUAUUAAGAGGCCUCCCAUUCCACCCAAGCCCUGCUUCAAAAUGAAAAUGUAUUCACGUCUGUUCCUGGUAAACAUCUCACAUGGGCGCCCCAAGCCCUCCUAAGAGAAGUCUGGGCUGACCGCCAGGCCAGGCCGUUCGUGACUAUGAACCUGCCAGGCUGUCUGUCUGAGGGGUUCGCGUGCCUUUUGGGAAGAAAUCAGUGGCUGUGGAUUUGCUCCUGAUCGUGAAGUUUUAAAGGCUGUACCCAUCCUCGCAUAUAAAAUGUUGAAAAAGACGGAAAGGCGCAGAAAAAGAAGCAUCUCUGAAAGAAAGAAAGCAUAUCAUAGCGUGGCCUAGAUGUCUUGGGAAGGAAGAGACAAGCUUGUCACUGUUUUUUCCUGCCGACCCAUACUGACAAACCAACAAUUUGACAGGCAUUUACUUCUUAGUUUCUCAUUUCUUAAAAUAGAUUACAUUUCUACAACUGUAAUAAUGAAAAAAGUUUUUAUUUUUUUUACAAUGCCCUUUUUUCUCCUUUUUGGAGAACACAUUUAUGAUUUUCAGGAAUUAAUGUAAAAUCAGGAAGCAAGAUGUCGUAAGCUGAGAUGGUGUUUAACCUAUGUGCUGUUUUGCCUUUAAACAGAGUGGGGACAGUACAUUAUUGCAGACAUGUAUGUAAGAUGGUUUCCUGAACAAUAAGGUGUAGGAAAGGAGUAGAAGUAAAUAAUUUUUCUCAUUAAAAAAUAUUACCAAUGAACAUAGCAAUAAAAACCUAAGCGCUUCUCCAUUA